AUGCCUACCACGCUUGACAAGACACGCAAACAAAUCUCAAAAAAGAGAAAUGGUGUCGUCAACGCCCUUCAUGAAAAGUCUAGAGACUCCAUGCGUCUUCACAAGGCCGGUGUAAGAGAUCAGCGUAUUGAGAAGUUGGCUGCGGCAAGGGGCAAGAAGGAACAACCACUUGUUAGUCGUGUUGCUUUCUUCCAGCAAGCCCUGAGUGUUAAAGACAGAGAGAGCAAUGGUGCCCCGGAGAUUGAAGAAGUUCAACGCAUGAUUCACAAUUUCGUUCAUCAACACGAUGAAGAGUACGACGCAGUUAAGAAGACCCGCCGUUCCGGUCGACCUGCGAGUGUCAAGGAGGACCUUCUCAAAGCCAAGAUCAACCUCCUCGAGGAAGAGUACAAGGGUGGAUUCAUUAUUCCCGAUCUCUUGGACAGUCACAAUGUCAAUGUUCUUCUCCUUUGGGAGGGCUCUUGGUCAUAUCUCACUCAACUAAAAUGGAUCAAGGUCAACAGUGAAGGUCAAGUGCGAUCUACAGCCUUCCCCUCGGGUGGCACAAACUGA